AUGUUUUUCGCUGCUGUAAAAUCACUUCUCUUUAUUACAAAAUUACUACCCGUUAAUCAUCGAUCAUAUAGUCUAUACAUCAGGCAGCACUACGGGGAUUAUGCUUCAAACCUUGCUUUCCAUUACGUCAAAUCUCAACUUAAACUCAACAAACUCAAGUGUGAUUUGAAAUUUCUCAAGCAAUGCAAAAAGGAGAAUCUUCUUCCUAAUUUUGUAUGUUUCCACUACGCGAAAUCAUACAACCGCCACGAAUCGAUUAUCACCAAGUGUUAUCAUCAAAUCCUGAGGAAUGAAAUCAACAAAAAGAAGAAAGAACUAACUUAUGCGUAUCGUCGUUCGGCCCGCCUCAAGGCUGAUCUCUCAAUUAAUAUAAACUCUCUUAUUUUCUCUCGUGUUCUUAGGAUCGCGAAUGAACGCGUUACAUCCAAAACUGAAGAAUGGACAAAUGGACACCAAGGCAAAUUGGACCUUGCACGAACUCGAGCACAAAAACGUGCUCAAGUACAAGUGACUCGAAACAAACAUAUAACUGGCCGAAACUCACCACCAACACCGUAUAACAUUGAACCAAUCAAGAACUUAUCCAACAAACAACUAAGCAAAGACGAAUUUCUAGCACUCUCAAAUGGUCUAGACUAUGUUUAUCCAAAUAAGAAAAUCAACAUGCCCUCCUUUAUCAGUAAUAUCGAAACUUGUUUUGUGAAUAUUUUAGGUCACUGCACCAACAGACCGGACUACGAAGAAAAAGACGCUGACGAAGCCACCACCUACAAUUUAACACCUAUCCAACUCCAAUCAGCUACGAAACUUCGUAAAAUCUGCGAUAAAUUUUGUUUUGACUCUUCUAGACAAACAACAGAUCGAAACGCCAACAGAAUGCUCAACGCCGUCCGAAAUCUUCGAAAUGACAAAACCAUUCACAUCACUAAACCAGACAAAGGCCGAGGAGUUGUCAUUUUGGACCAUUCAGACUACUUAUCUAAAAUGAAUGAAAUAGUAAAUGACACUAAUACUUUUCGCCCUUUAGAUGCUGAUCCCACAAUCAAGGAAGAAGCCAAACUUCAUCGAAAACUCCUUGCAUUGAAGGCCUCUGGUUUCCUGUCCAACGAAGAAUACAGCAUUUGCCGGAGAGUUGGAUCACAGCCAGCGCGUUUAUACGGCCUGCCCAAGACCCACAAGGACGGUAUUCCUCUGUGUCCCAUCUUGUCAGCCACUGGCACAUUCAAUUACGGGGUCGCUAAAAUGCUCGUUAACCGUCUAACUCACCUUCGUACACAUCACACAGUAAUAUCUGAUACUUUUUCUUUUGUAGAUCAGUUACACAGUCUCGCCAUCGACAUGUCCAAACACAAAAUAGUAUCGUUCGACGUCACCAGCUUAUUUACAAAUGUCCCGUUGGAUUACACAAUUGGUCUCAUUAUUGAACAAAUAUACGGUAACCAUUGCGAUUGCAUCAAGAACGACCGUAAUAAGAAAAGAACCAUGGAUCAGUGCAACAACUGCCAGAACAAAAUCAACCUAAAAUGGCUUUUAGACAUCGCCACGAAAGGCACACACUUCUCAUUCAACGGUAACAACUAUAUCCAACAUAAUGGAGUUGCCAUGGGUAGCCCUCUCGGGCCGUUGCUCGCGGAUAUUUUUCUUGUUCAUUUAGAAAAACAACUCAUGGACGAAUUGAAUCAAAAUGGUCUCAUCUUUUGGCGUCGAUAUGUGGACGACACGUUCGCGAUAAUCGAAGAAAACACCAACCCACAAACUCUGCUCAAUAUUUUGAAUUCUUUCCACUCAUCAAUUCAGUUCACAAUGGAAUCAGAGUCAGCUGGUUCUUUAUCUUUUCUAGAUAUAAACAUCACACGCCUAUCAAUUCCUACACCCACUACACACUCAUUUUUCGAAACAAGUGUGUACAGGAAGCCGACGUUUACCGGACUUCUAACGAAGUUCACAUCCUUUAUACCAAUACAAUACAAAAGGAGCGUGAUCUCUUCUAUGGCAUAUCGUGCAAUCAGGAUUUGCUCAUCCUAUCCUCUUUUGGACAAGGAAUUCAAAACCAUCACCUCCAUUGCGUUGGCAAACGGAUAUCCAGUUAAGUUUAUCGAAGAACAAAUCGGCACUACGCUCAAUAAAUAUUUCUUAAAUAGGACACGUGACCCACUAAACAACUCCACAAUGGCUUCAUCACCUGUUAUCAUCUCAUCGGCCACAACAACCACACACGACCAAGCAUCAGCCGCUACACUCGCCAAGAAAAACGUUUUGCUCAUUGACAUUCCUUUUGUAGGCAGACCUUCUAUCGUUCUAGGAAAAAAGUUAAUCAAUUUCGUCAAACAAACCCGACCGGACAUAAAGCUUCAACCGAUUCCACGACCACCACCUUCAGUCCAACAACAAUUGCCUCGAAAGGAUCCUGUACAAAAACAUCUCCAGUCACAUUUAGUCUACCAAAUUCAAUGCAUGGACUGUGACGCCACGUAUAUCGGAAAGACAAUCCGCCAUGCCAUCACUCGACAUAUCGAACAUGGUGCACCAAAACACCCAUGUCAACCCGGCACAACAACUGUCGAACCUCCUACACUAGCCAAAGAUCUAAGACGGUCAAGUCGCUUGCGUUCCCUGAAAACAAAGAACACUCAUUCGCUUUCUUUAGACUCAUCACCGGCCACGGCUGUACCACGCAAACACAGAUCAGCAAUCUACGAGCACCAACAACAAACGAAUCACAGCAUCGACUGGUCCAAUUGGAAGAUCAUUGACAAGGAUCCACAUGGUUUUAAAUUAAAAAUACGAGAAUCGUUGGCCAUCCAACAACACCAACCUACACUCAACCGAACCAUGUCCUCAACGCCGUUGAUCAUCUUUCCGGAAGGACUCAGGAUUAGAAAGCCCAAGGUGAAAAUCAAAUGUGUGCGCACAAAAUAA